AUUUUCACAACCGGAAGUACAUUUAGUGUGGAAAAAUUAUUUUUAUUUUUAUCGAAAUCUCACGAUUUUGUCAUCAUGUUGAUAUAAGUCAAGCAUUCACGUCCUGUGAUAGUUCAACGAUCAAACGUGAUUUUCAUAGAUAGCUACAUAUAGAUAAAGAUCAACAACAUCAUUAAAAUGAUGACAGAUAAGAAUGGAAUUCCAAUAGAGAAACUUCAUAUUGACAUUCAGAAGGCACCAGCUCCUAGGGAACUAACACAUGAAGAGCUUGAAAAAUUGGCAAAAGACAAAAAUCCCUUAUCAGAUUUCAAAAGGAAUAAAUAUGAAUUAGAGGCACAGAAAAAUUGGGAUAAAUUCUAUAAACGUAAUACAACUAAGUUCUUUAAAGACCGUCAUUGGACGACAAGGGAAUUUGAAGACUUGUGUGGAAAUGCAGAAACAAGUGGAGAUGCUGAGGUGACCACACUUCUAGAAGUUGGCUGUGGUGUUGGAAACUUUAUUUGGCCAUUGCUGUCAGAGAAAAAGAACUUUUACUUCUAUGCCUGUGAUUUUUCUCCAAGAGCAGUCCAGUUCGUCAAGGAGAAUGCUCUCUAUAGAGAAGACUGCUGCAAGGCAUUCCAAUGUGACUUAGUAAAGGACAAUCUCAAUGACAACGUACCUGCAGACUCUGUUGAUAUUGUAACAAUGAUAUUUGUUCUCUCUGCAAUCCAUCCUGACAAGAUGCCACAAGCUUUGACCAAUAUCUUAAAGGUGCUGAGACCAGGAGGAUGCGUCUUAUUCAGAGACUAUGGUCUUUAUGACCACGCAAUGCUGAGGUUUGCACCGGGACAUAAGCUGGAGGAAAACUUUUACGUCAGACAAGAUGGAACAAGAGCGUUUUACUUCUCCUUAGAUUUCCUCAAAGAGAUGUUCACAGAGGCUGGAUUUAAUUGUGAGAAUAUUGAAUAUGUGUUCAGGGAAACGGUCAACAGAAAGGAAGGACUUUGCGUCCCAAGGAUAUUUUUACAGGCAAAAUUUACGAAACCUUUGAUAGCAGUGGAAGGCCAUGGAAAAAUAGAUGGCGCAUCAGUCAGUCAUAUGCAAUGUCAUGAAUCUCAGAAACAUGAACAUGUAGAAAAUAAUUGCAAUACAGAUCCAGUAACAUCACUUGACAAGGAACAUUAUAGUAUUAAUGAAAUAAAUGAAACCAAAACUGAUCUUCAACCAUCACAUGCCAAAAUUGGGACUUGAUGGUUAAGUGAAAAUUCAGUAAAAAUUAGGAUUACGGAAUGUGAUUAUUGCAAAAGGAUUAAACAGUUGGUAGUGAUAUGAAGCUUGAGAUAGAUUUACAGUAUGAUCAGUUUGAUGGAUGUGUCUUGUGAUGGAUUUCUAUAAGGCAUAAAUAAACUUUCUGAUUGGAGUUUCAAAUAUUCAAAUGGGAUAUUGCAAGUAAUCAAUAUUUUAUUAUUUGCCAUACGAAUGUUGGAAUCAAUGUAUUAAGAUUUCUUAGUGCAAAUAACAUCAGUGAAGCAAUUAUUGAAUGGACUGGAGAAUGAAAAAUUACAAGAUCCAUGUUGUCUGCAUUAAGGCCCAUGAAAAUCUAAGACUGAUUCCAUUUGAACUCGUUAGAUAUUAGGUUAUCCUGAAACAAUACUUGAUUGUAUCAGUUUAAAACUGAAUACUUUAGGUUGAAUAAAAUGACUUAAAAUAGAUGUUCUGUUUACAGUUUGGAAUGUAAGGUUCAACAAAAUUAUUUGUCAUUUUUAAGAAUAUUUUCUUCCAUGUGCAUUUUAGACGUACAGGGUUAAUAGCGUAUUAAAACAGUUUCUUGCCACUAGACAUUUGAAAAUCAAUGGUGACAACUGACAUACAG